AUGAAAGUUUGUGUGAAAUGUACUCACAUUAUUUCCUUCUUUCCAAGAAGCCACCUCCACCACAUGGAACUGAGCAACAAAACACGAAUUUCAGAAUUUCUUCUCCUGGGAUUUUCAGAGAGACCAGAACUGCAGCCCCUCAUAUUUGGGCUUUUCCUCUCCAUGUACCUGAUCACUGUGUUUGGAAACCUGCUCAUAAUUUUGGCCAUCAGCACAGACCCCAACCUCCACACACCCAUGUACUUCUUCCUGGCCAACCUGUCCUUCGUAGAUAUUUGCUUCACCUCCACCACGAUUCCGAAGAUGCUGGUGAACAUCCAGACUCAGAGCAAAGUCAUAACUUAUGAGGACUGCAUCACACAGAUUUAUUUUCUCAUUCUCUUUGCUGUACUGGACGUCUUCCUCCUGAGUGUGAUGGCCUAUGACAGGUUUGUGGCCAUCUGUCACCCCCUGCACUACAUGGUCAUCAUGAACCCCCGGCUCUGUGGGCUGCUGGUUCUGGUGUCCUGGAUCAUGUGCGUCCUGAAUUCCCUGUUACAAAGUUUAAUGAUGUUGCGGCUAUCCUUCUGUACACACUUGCAUAUCCCCCACUUUUUUUGUGAACUCAAUGAGAUGCUCCAGCUUGCCUGUUCUGACACCUUUCUUAAUAACGUGGUGAUGUAUCUUGCAGCUGUCCUGCUGGGUGGUGGUCCUUUUGCUGGGAUCCUUUACUCUUAUUCCAAGAUAGUUUCCUCUAUACGUGGGAUUGCAUCAGCUAAGGGCAAGUAUAAAACGUUUUCCACCUGUGCGUCUCACCUGUCGGUCGUGUGUUUAUUUUACUGUACGAUGCUCGGCGUGUACCUCAGCUCUGCUGCUACCCAGAGCUCCUACUCAAGUGCCACAGCCUCGGUGAUGUACACGGUGGUCACGCCCAUGCUGAACCCCUUCAUCUACAGCCUGAGGAACAAAGACAUAAAGAGUGCUCUGAGAAGAAUUGUUGGGGUUCAAGUGAUGUAA